AGAAGAAGAUAAACUUUUCUUGUCUGCCAUUUGAAUUGGAUGGAGGAAAUGUACGGAUUGCAAUCUACGGCGGAGUACGGGGACAAGGGUUUUCAAUCAACGGCGGAGUACGAAGACAGGGCGCUGAUGACCCCGGAAAAUCUGAUCCUACCGUUGGAUUACCAGAGCCUGCUCGUCUCAUCCGGAGCCUUCCGUGGGGAGCAUCAUCAUCAUCGGGUCCCGAUGUUCGGAUCGGACGACGUGGUACUGUACUCGGCCAUGUCGGAGGCAGCUUCACCAACAAUCACGCCGGAAUUUCAACGCGAGGAAGACGUGUUUGGCGCCAUCAAAGCCAAAAUUGCCUCGCACCCCACUUACCCUAGACUCAUUCAAGCUUAUAUUGAGUGCCAGAAGGUAGGGGCGCCUCCGGAAAUCGCGAGUUUCUUAGACGAAAUCCGCCGAGAAAACGACUUUUAUAACUAUAAGCAGCAGCAGCAGCAGCGAGGCUCUUGUAAUUCUAAUUCUUCUAUGUCCUCCACGUAUUUAGGAGCCGAUCCCGAGCUCGACGAGUUCAUGGAAACCUACUGCGAGAUGUUGGUGAAAUACAAAUCAGAUCUCUCAAGGCCUUUUGAUGAAGCAACCACUUUCUUGAACAAGAUUGAACUGCAACUUAGCAAUCUCUGCACUUCAUCUGCUCACGCCUCCUCCAUUAGAACCCUCUCCGAUGAAGGCGGUGCGUCAUCAGAUGAGGAUUUCAGUGGCGGAGAAAUAGAAGUGCAGGAAGCUCAACAAAGGGGUGAAGAUCGAGAUCUCAAGGACCGGCUCAUGCGUAGGUUUGGCAGUCACAUUGGCACCUUGAAGCUUGAAUUCUCCAAGAAGAAGAAGAAAGGAAAGCUACCAAAAGAAGCAAGGCAAACGUUGUUUGAUUGGUGGAGUGUUCAUUAUAAAUGGCCAUACCCAACGGAGGCUGACAAGAUUGCGCUGGCUGAAUCGACGGGGCUAGAUCAGAGGCAAAUCAACAACUGGUUUAUCAAUCAGCGCAAGCGCCAUUGGAGACCAUCUGAGAACAUGCAAUUUGCAGUGAUGGAUAAUAUUGCUGGUCCAUUUUUCACAGAUGACUGAGGUGCUCUUGCAUUGCAUGUACAUUCUCCCAAAUGCUUCAUCUCCUGCAAAAUUUGUUUUGUGCUUUGUGCUGCGCAUGCUCUGCCUUCAUGUACAUGAUCUGGAAAAAUGCAGACUUUACUGACAUUGACAUUGGUUUAUUAACUUUACCCCAUUCUCUCCAAGAUCAAUAGAGGGUAAAAAUUAUUGUAAUUUGCUUCCAUCUAUACUAUGGAAUUUUACCACCGUUGGUAAUGAAUGAAAUGCUUACAUAGUCUUUGCUA